AGUCUCGAUUUGUCCGUCAAUAUAAGCACACAUCAGCAUGAAACACUUGCGCGUUCUAUUGUUAGUCUGGUUAGCCAGUGCCCAAAACUUUUUAGGCGAUUUGCCUACGAUCCCGAACGUGUGCCACCUGCAGGGAGACUGGUGCUCCACCAGGUGCCAGAUAGCAGGCGGACGGGAUGGCAUUUGUAACCCGGCUGGACUCUGCACUUGCCAUCCCUUGUGAUUGUGUGAUUCUAGUGACACAUCGAAAUAAAAGAGGCCAGGAUCUUGAAAAUA